CUAGGAGUUCUACCUUCUACUCUGUGUAAUUUACUGUUUGUUUCCUUCAUCUGAACUAUCUAUGUCGGGUAUUGAGACGCGUGCGCAGACAGCGGGAAGAGAGAGAAGGGAGAGAGAAGGUGUUCUUUUUGAGAGUGUGAGGAAGGGCAAGAGGAGUGUUCGUCCAAACGUGAGGAGAGAGCGGACCCCUCUUGAGAGAUCUACUAACACCCCUUCCUCCGGCAUGGCGGACAUCACAUCUGCCCAAUGGCAGGCCAUGCUGGACGCAGCAGACGAGAACGAGAAACCGUUCUUCCAAAAGUUUUAUGAUGAUGUCGUGCAGAGGGAAAGGGAGGCAGAGGCAGCAGCCAGAGCCACAAGCAUAGUUGAUCAGGUGGCCCUCCUUCAGGUCCCGGAAACCAAUGAUGACCGGUUCCAGGAGAAGCUAGCUGCUGCCGUAGCAGUCUUGGUUCGACUGCGGAACUUGACAGCACUGGAGCAGCGGAACCAAGAGCAGCAGGAUAAGAUAGUCAGCCUCAAACAGUCCCAACUGUCUGCCCCCCGCCCUCCUAACCCUCGACCUGCUGCAGUCCCAGUCUCUCAAUCUAACAUAGUCCUCAUGGCAAGAGCAAGUGGAACUGUGACAAGCGCAGAAACCGGUGUCAGCUCCUCAAGCGGCAACGCCGACAGUUCUGCACUAGUCAUAGUCCCAAAUGCAGGGACAUCAGCCCAAAACGCCACAGUCCUUACUGACAUACAGUACAGCGGUCCCGUAGUGGACAAGCGGGCGGCCAUUUUGCCGUCCAAAUACGACGGGAAAAUGGAUAUCACCUCUUGGAUUAGUUCCAUGCGCUCAUACUUCGAGGUUAUGCGGACACCGCAGGAAGACCGAAGCAUGAUCAUGGGCACUAAUACUGAGCCAGCCGUACGAAAUCACAUUGAGCUCCAAGCUGUUGCUGCAGGUUAUGAAGGAAUUGACCUGACUGAGUGGCUGAAAGUAACCCCUUUACGCUCCCUUGAGGACCUUCUCAUCGCACGAUCAGCACUCUCUACAACAAGGGAAGCUGAGCCAUUAGUUGCAGACCCCUCCAAUAAGUCUGCAUCUGAUCAACAGCCUACUCUUGAAGUCCGGAACGACGCUGAAUUCAAGGCUGUUGCAGUUCAUGUGCUAUACGCUGAGCCUUGGGAGGAGUCUAAGGAAGUUGACUUCAACGCUCACGUGGAACAUUGGCUGCAGCUCAAGCAGCAACGCCGUAUUCAAGGGAGUGUGGAGCUAACCUUCUUUAAACUGCUCAUUAACCGCCGAUACAUCCGCUUGCUGAUUGAUAGUGGUUCAACCACCAACUUAUUUUCUCCUAACGGGAUUCGUAAGGCGGGCCUGGGAAUGAAGCAAGUGGAAUUGCAGAACCCUUGCUGGACCCAGGUGGGCAACCAAGAGGUUGUCACCUCCACACAUGUUGUCAAAGGUGUGCGCAUCACCUUUGACAAGGACCGCAGUGUCACACAUGAGCUGAACUUCUAUGUCAUGGAUAAGUGUCCGUUCGACACGGUCAUUGGCUUGGGCUGGUUGAAGGCUCAUUGCCUAAGAACCACGUGGGCGGAUAAUCAGUUCAUGGUGCGUGAUGCGAAGGGGAACGAGCGUACCGUUUUAUUGGACGAGCCGCGCGAGUCCCCUGUGACCCUUUUAAGUGCAACCAAAUUCUGCAAAUCGGUGCGCCGACGCAAGGAAGUUGAGCAUGUACAUAUAGCUCUUGUAAAGCCUCUCAAUGUGCCUUCUACUUUUGCUGCAUUUUCUACCUCUGAAGGUAAUUCUACUUCUACCACUUCUACUUCUAUUCCAUCUACUUCUACUGUGGAUAAUCCCUCUACUUCUGAUCCAAGUACUUCAAAUCCGGUUGUAAUUGCUGCAAAUUCUCGGUCUGAUUUUCUUUCUCCUGAUGAGGAUGAUCCUCCACCGGAAGUCCCAACAAACAGUCGCCGGCUAUUAGAUCAAUUUCCUGAAGUUUUGGCUGAACCUCGUGGAGUUUCCAAUCGUCCAGUCAAACACAAGAUCGAGAUAAUAGAAGGAAGUGUUCCUCCAAAGGGCUGCGUCUACUGUAUGGGACAAGGCGAGUUGGAGGAGUUGAUGAGGCAGAUUGAUGACAUGAUCGAUCGUGGAUGGAUUAGGUUUAAUGAGUCUGAGCUCGGUGCACCUGUCCUGUUUGUGACGAAGAAAGGAGGCAAGCUUCGGAUGUGCAUUGACUAUCGUGGCCUAAACCGUAUCACCCGAAAGAACGCGUAUCCCUUGUCUCGUAUAGAUGAUCUGCUAGAUCCUGCAGGUGGGUGCAAGGUCUUCUCCAAGAUCGAUCUCAAGUCUGGCUACCACCGGAUUGAAGUUGAUCCGAGUGACCAACACAAAACUGCAUUCAAAACACGCGAUGGGCUGUACGAAUUCAUUGUUAUGCCCUUCGGUCUUACGAAUGCACCAACCACAUUUCAGUGCCUCAUGGACAAGGAACUCCGCCAUCAGCUCAACAGGUUUGUGGUUGUGUACCUUGACGAUAUUCUGAUUUCAGCAAAUCCAUGGAAGAGCACGUCAAGCACCCAAGGUUGAGGUCAUACGAAAGUGGUCUCAACCCGGGAACGUACGCGAACUGCGUUCUUUUCGUG